AUGAAAGAUAAUAAACAACAAUCAUAUGUUAACGGUGAACCUAUAAAUGAAGAAUACUCUGAAGUAAUUAGAGAAAUUAAAAACAAUGAAGAUGAAAAUUUUACUGAUAUUAGGAAAACGUUUAACUUUUGGAUUGGUAUAAUUUUAGGAUCUUAUUUUGUUGUUUUGUUUGUUUCUAUAUUAAUAACUUACAAAAUUUUUAAUGGAUUAAACAGCGUGAUUAUGGAUAAUAGUGUUAUUGUAGUCCAUUCACAAGGAUUUUUAAAUGCUUUAACUUGUGUUAUGAAGAAAUUUGGUUCUGAAUCUAGUACACUUUCAGAAGAAACUAAGAAGUUAAUAGAUAAAGUUAAAAAUAUACUUCAAUAA